UAUUGUUUAUAAGAUGUUAUAUACAGUAAGGUAUGAUAUCUUUUAUUAUAUGUUCAGGCUUAUAGUUUGUCCUGUAUUAUGUAAUUCAUCUUUUAUAAUAUUAUUUAUGCUUAUAUCCAGAGCUUGUUCUAUAACAAAUAUCAUAAAAAGGUUCAUAUAUAUUAUAACACAAGCGAUAUAAUAAAGUCUAUCAUUUGAUGUUCCAAUAUAGAUAUAUAUUAUAGACUGUUCCAUAAUCCAAUGAUAAAAAUUACAAAAAAAAAAUAAAAUAAAAUAAAAUAAAAUAAAAUAAAAAUCAAGUCAAAGUAG